AUGGUCGGUGAUACGCGAGUAAUCCCCGAUUCAAAAGCCAGGAAGGCUGCAAGUCGUCAAUCGCGAUCAUGCAAAGUCUGCCGGCUCCGCAAAGUCAAAAUCGCCCUCGGGUCGGGACGCUUCCGUUUCCAUCUGAUGCGUCCCACUGGUUGUAGCCCUCCAGCUAACGUCGAUCCUGCUGCCAGUGUGACCGAGUCAAGCCCUGCCACGCCUGCUGUGCUCAUGGGUACCCGUCAAAAUGCGUCCCGCCCCAUCAGUCAAGCAGAAGAAAUUCGGAACCUGCGGGCGGAGAUCCGUGAAUUACGGGGGAGACUAGACGGCACAGAUGAUGGGUCUGGGGCCCAGGGUCUCCGGCGGCUGGAUCAACUUGAGAGCUUAUUUGAGUCUAUUCGUUCCGCAUCUAGUCCGUUAGUGAAUGACCUUGUUCGCGAUAUUCGAACCGCACAUGUCGGCCUCAAGAAGGAUUUGGCCCCCGUGGGGCCAUGGGAAGGCAGGGAAGCAUAUGAAUCCUAUGAUUAUCCCUCGCGCCAUUCUUCGACUUUGCCGGUUCGGAAUCGCCGGUUAUUGAAUUCUCCGAACGAGGACUUCAAUAAUUUCCAACCCGAGGGGCAUGAGGAUAGCGACUUCGAGCGCAUGUCGCCCAGCAGUGGCUCCGAGUCAUCUGGUACGAUCUCGGUGAUGAGCAUGCAAAAGCCAGCCGUGGAUGUUUUUGUCGAGCGAUUUGUAGAUGCAUUCAGCCCUGAAGUAGAUAUGAAAUCCGGUAGGGCGGGGGCACUGCGCGCUGCUGCCGAGAUUCGAAUGUUUUCACCACUGAUCUCUGAUGCAUUCGAGGCCGUUUCGGUGGCCUUCUUUGGUCGUUCUGUACAAAACAAACAGAUCGAGGCGUCUGGCUUUCGGCUUUAUCCUCGCGUGCUGCGUGCAUUGCAGGAUGCAUUGGUGGAUCCCGAAAAAAGUAAAGCCGAAUCAACUCUGGUGACCGUGAUUCUCUUACUGGCUUUCGAGCAGAGUGUCGAACGCACCUCCCAGAGUGGUGUCUCGGCUCAUGUUCGAGGCGCAAUGCGCUUGAUCGAGCAUCGUGGGCCAGAAAACCACGUCUACGGCGUAGAGCAUCUUUUGUUUACGGAACUCAGACCAUACUGGAUUGGCGCUGCGAUGGCGACUCGACAACCGUCGUUCCUCGCCCGCGAAGAGUGGAAGACAAUUCCAUGGUCAGCAGGGACUACCAACAAAGAUAUUCUACACCAUCUGCUUGACCUGGGUACCGAAGUUUCAGGGUUACUAGCGCUAUCCGAUGCCUUUAAGGAAGCAACGAUUACAUCAAUCAUGGGCACACAGGAGAUAGCCGUCAAGCAGUCCACGCUUUGGAACGGCAUAGGCGAGCUCACAGCUCGCUUUUAUCGAUGGCACGAAGAAUUCGUCGUAGCCUAUCCCGACGGACCCCCACAAGAAGCCCAACAAAAAGCCGAUGAGGACUUCCCAGUUUUCCAGCGCCGCGACCUCCGCACUGGGGCUACUUUCACCCCCACGAGAUUCACUUAUCCAAACCUCCUCCUUGCCCAAACCAUGUGUAUGUACUACGCCGUGCGACUCAUUCUGUCUUCGAUCGACACGCGGCCACACGAUCGUGUCUCGCCCAUGGAACAGUACGACCUGGGCUGCGGGAUCUGCCGCUCAUUAGAGUUCUAUAUCCUCACUGCGCCAGGAAAUAUGAUCAACCGUCUUGCAUUCCCUACUCGGGUAGCGUGGGAAGCGUUCCCGGAUGGAGGCCCAGAGCGCCGAUUCAUGAUCGAAGUUUUGCAGCUCGUUGAAAAACGGCACGCUCUUGGGCUUUGGGGCAGUGCCAUGCCAGAAUUAUCUACAAGAGAAUCCUCGCCACUGAAUACAGGUAGCCCAUAA